GCUGUGUCCAACGUGGUUCAAGCAGUAACUCUCAACGUGUGGACCUCUUGGCUAUGAAAGUAAGAGGAAAGCAAAGAAUAGGCGAUACGAGUAUUACUAAACGGUUGAGACUAGACCAUGGGCGAGUUUAAAGUGCACCGGGUCCGGUUUUUCGACUACAUGCCCUCUGCCAUCCGAGCCCUAGCCUUCAAUGCCCGCACGGAAAAGCUUGCCUUGGUACGGGCGGAUGCAAGCGUGGAGAUCUUCAACUUCAGAGACAACUAUUUCCAGGAGAAUGUGAUCCCAGGAAGGGACUCGCGGUCCGUGGAGGCCUUGUGCUGGGUCGGAGAGCGUCUCUUCAGUGCCGGCUUGAACGGCGAGAUCACCGAGUAUGAUCUGGAGGCCCUCCGGCCCAAGUACAGCCUGGACGCCUACGGAGGCCCUGUCUGGACCCUCACCUGCAACCCCCAGGGGACCCACCUGGCGGUGGGUUGCGAGGACGGGACAGUGAAGCUGUUUGAGGUUUUGGAGGACAGAGUUCAGUUUGAACGCCACCUGGAGAGACAGAAAGGUCGUAUUGUUUCUCUGGCCUGGCACCCCUCCGGCACGCAGAUCGCAGCUGGAAUGAUGGACAUGAUAAGAGUGUUUGAUGUAGCGUCAGGUCACGGUGUUCAGCGUCUCCUGGUGGACCGUGGCGUGGGGCCCUCCAAGGGCCGGGAGUGCGUGGUGUGGAGCGUGGCCUUCCUGUCCGACCACACCCUGGUGAGCGGAGACUCCGCCGGGAAGGUCCAGGUGUGGGACGGCCACACGGGCACGCUGGUCAAAACGCACCUCGUCACCAAGUGGGACGUGCUGGCUCUCUCCGUAUCUGAGGACGAGAGCAGCCUGGUUGCCGGGACGUCGGAGGGCACGGUGGUCCAGUUCCAGUUCCUGGCUCCCUCCUCACAGCAGCAGGCCAAGGAGUGGGUCAGAACCAGGACCUUCAAGAACCACACCCACGACGUGCGCAGCCUGGUGGAGAUCGGCACGGCGGUGAUCUCUGGAGGUAUGGACACACAGCUGGUCGUGCUCCCCCUGCUGGACAAGGUAGAGAAGAACACCAAGGAGUCUGCUCUGCGCAAGAUCAAUUUCCCCCACAGGAGCCUGGUGUCGUGCGCCCGGAAGGUGGGCCUGCUGCUGUUCCAGUUCCCAGGACACCUGGAGCUCUGGAGGCUGGGGGAGGGCGAGGGCCUCGGAAAGCCAGGAGAGAGCUUACCAGUGAAGAAGAGACCAGAAAAACUGCUGCACCUGAAAAGAAAGGGAGAAGACCACGUGUGCGGCAGUACUCUGUCCCCCUGUGGGGCCUGGCUGGCCUACGCCACCGUGUCCAGCGUGCGUCUCUACAGGCUUCAGUACGACAACAACAGCAUCGGCGUCACCAAGGUUACCAAGCUGCCGAAGGUCCUCCGCUCCGCCAGCCAGCUCUGCUUCUCCUCGGACUCCUCCAGGCUGUUCGCGGCCUGCGGCAAGUCGGCCGUGGUCGUGGUGUCCCUCGGUCAGGCGGAGUGCAAGUACGUGCACACCCUCAAGCCCGUCUCAGACUCCAGACAGGCCGUGCGUCUCCUGUGUGCCAGUGAGGACGGUGAAUGGCUGGCCUCAGCCAGCAGCAACUGUGAGGUCCACGUCUACAACCUCCACAAACUAAAGCUCCACUGCACGGUGCCCGUAUACAGCUCCUGUCCCAGUGCCAUCGGCAUCCACCCUGUCACAAACAACCUGUUCAUAGUGCACGCUGACCAGAAGAUGUUUGAAUACUCCAUCCAUCAGAAGGAGUACACAGCGUGGAGUCGACGGCUGCAGAAGCAGGGUCUCCAUCACAUCUGGUUAGACCGCGACACGCCCGUCACACACGUGACCUUUAACCCCCGGAACCCCGCCCACGUCAUCCUGCAGGACAUGUACAUGUUCUGCAUCAUCGACCAGAGCCUGCCCCUCCCUGACCAGAAGGCCAUGUUCCUCAACCAGCUGACCCUCAGGAGCCUCCCAGAGGAAGAGAGGCUGAAACAGAGCCACGCCUUCAAGAUAUGCAAGACCUUCCAGCACCUGCUGGGUAUGAGCCUAAUGGAGGACCAGUCUGUGGUGGUGGUAGAGCGCCCUCUGGUGGAUAUCGCAACUCAGCUGCCCCCUCCAGUCAGACAGAAGAAGUUUGCCACAUAGGCACACAGAAGAAAAACAAUUGUGUGUGUGUGUGUGUGUGGAGUGUUAUUUUUUUAUUUUGUCUGUCAACCAAAUCUCCCAUUGUUAUGUCAAUACUUUUUUUUCAGUAUUAAAGGUAUUAUUUACUCUU